AUGCAGUUACAUCACGCGAAGCACCACGCUGCUUACGUGGCGGGUUACAACAAGGCGGCGGAACAGUUGGACGCGGCGCGGGGGAAAGGCGACACGGAGACAGUGGUGUCGCUCCAACGAGCGAUCAACUUCAACGGCGGAGGCCACGUGAAUCACAGCAUCUUCUGGAAGAACCUCGCUCCCAUCAGUGAGGGAGGAGGAGCCCCACCGGAGGGUGCACUAGCUGCAGCCAUUGACGCGCAGUUUGGGUCGCUGGACGCCCUUGUUUCAAAGUUCAAUGCCGCUGGCGCUGGCGUGCAGGGGUCCGGAUGGGUGUGGUUAGGCCUCAACGACAGGAAGAAGCUGGCAAUUGUCACGACAGCCAAUCAGGACGCGUGUGUGACUACAGGCCACGUGCCUCUAUUGGGCGUUGACGUGUGGGAGCAUGCCUACUACCUUCAAUACAAGAAUGUUCGUCCUGACUACUUGAAGAGUAUUUGGAAGAUCAUCAACUGGAAGGAUGUGGCUUCUCGUUACGCAGCUUCUUCUUAA